AUGGGAAAUUCUCAUUCUCCGAAAAAGUGUAUUUCGGAAGAAAUUACUGAGUACUUGGAGUCAGCUAAGCGAAACUAUCUGGAGAAGUAUAAUAAUCCAACAAAUAGGAAUGCCACCUUAGAUGAGUUCAAACAGCUUAGGACACUAGGAACAGGAUCGUUUGGCCGAGUUAUGCUCGUACAGCACAAAAAGUCUUCCGACUUUCUCGCUUUGAAGAUUCUUGAUAAAGCUAAGAUCGUAAAACUUAAACAAAUUCAGCACACAAUGAAUGAAAAGCGCAUUUUGCAGGCGGUCGACUUCCCAUUCCUGAUUCAUCUGGAAUACAGUUUCAAGAACGAAACGUAUUUGUUUCUUGGACUUGAGUACGUACCUGGCGGGGAGAUGUUUUCAUAUCUGCGAAGAAAAGGAAGAUUCAGUGAGUCCGCUGCACGAUUUUAUGCCAGUCAAGUAAUACUUGCUCUUGAGUACUUGCACUAUCUGGAAUUAAUAUACCGGGAUUUAAAGCCAGAAAACAUACUCCUGGAUCCAGUUGGCUAUGUAAAGAUCGCUGAUUUCGGAUUCGUCAAACACGUGAAAUAUAGGACAUAUACACUCUGUGGGACUCCUGAAUACCUUGCACCAGAAAUUAUUCAAAGUAAAGGCUAUACAAAGGCUGUUGACUGGUGGGCAGCUGGUGUAUUAAUUUAUGAAAUGGUUGCAGGCCAUCCGCCGUUUUUUGCAGACGAACCGAUUGAAAUUUAUGAGCGAAUAGUAAUUGGAAAAUAUAAAUUCCCUUCACACUUCAGUUCAGAUCUCAAAGACCUUUUGCGUAAUCUAAUUCAGUCUGAUUUAACUAGACGUUUCGGCAAUCUCAGAAAUGGUGUACAGGAUAUCAAAUCACAUAAAUGGUUUUCUCAUUUGGAUUGGUUGAUGAUAUUUAAAAAGGAGGUUUCUGCUCCACUGAUACCUAAUUGUAAGGGUCCUGGUGAUGCAACAAACUUUGAACGAUACAAAGAAGAACCCUUGAAGAAAAGUAGAAUUUGCAAAUUUGAAGCAGAGUUCGCUGACUUCUAG